AUGGCCUCGCGCCACCUGUCCUGGCCGCCGUCCCCGCCGCCGCGGCCCGCCGGGCCCAGGCGCGGCCCGCCCAGGCCCGCGCGGCCGCCCGUCCGCCUCGCCGCGCCCCCGCGCGUCCCCGCUCGCCGGCGUCCCCGACGGCCGCCGCUCGCCGGCCACCUCGACCCCGCCGCCAGUCGCCCCGGGCCCCGCUUCCAGCGCCGGCGCCUCCGGCCCCCGAAGGCCCGCGCGCUCGCCCGCGCGCCCGAGCGCCAGAUCCCGCCGCCGCCUGGCCGUCCCCGCCGCCGACGUGGCCUCGCCGCCACCAACCUUCGCCGUCCUGGUGCGCCUCGCCGCCGCCGCACCUCGCCUCGCCUCCAUGGCCGCCGGCGCGCGCGCGCCACCGUCCGCCGCCCGUCGCCGCCAAACCCCGCCGCCGGCGUCCACCCUCCUCUCCCCGCUGGCGCGCCUCUGCCGCCGUCCUCCGGCCCGAGCCCGAGCCGAGCCUCGGCCCGAUCCAAUCCCUAA